AUGAACACUUUCGUCCCUAGCGCCCAGCCCCGUGAUUUUCGUGGAUUUAGACGCGUCGUGUCGCGGCACGUGACGGACCUGAUCGAUAAGAUACGGUCGAUCUGGUCUCUUUCCGCGACUCCUCCACGCUGUUUCCCCUCACCGUCUCCUCACCACCGCAUUCCCAUCUGCUCUACCGCCUCCUUCAGCAUGGCUGCUCUCUGGGAGAACAACGGACAGUUAGGCCAAUUCCCUCUCGAACAAUGGUUCUAUGAGAUGCCACCAGUGACCCGGUGGUGGACCGUAGCCACUGUGGCGAUAUCGGUACUGGUGCAGUGUCAUGUUGUUACUCCAUUCCAGCUUUUUUACAGCUUCCGUGCUGUAUAUGCGAAAUCACAAUACUGGCGUCUUCUCACCACUUUUCUUUAUUUCGGCCCGUUGAAUCUCGAUCUAAUAUUCCACGUGUUCUUUCUUCAGCGAUACUCGCGCCUGCUCGAGGAAUCCUCCGGCCGCUCCCCGGCAAAUUUCGCCUGGUUGGUCUUCUACGCCAUGUCCUCGCUUCUCAUAAUCUCGCCUUAUCUGUCUCUUCCAUUCCUGGGAACGGCCUUGUCCUCCAGCUUGGUGUAUAUUUGGGCUCGGAGAAAUCCCGAAACUCGACUGAGCUUCCUAGGAAUGCUAGUCUUCACCGCGCCAUACCUUCCUUGGGUGCUUAUGACUUUCAGCGUGAUUAUGCAUCAGGUGGUGCCCAAGGAUGAGAUCUGUGGCAUCGUCGUUGGCCAUAUCUGGUACUAUUUCAAUGACGUCUACCCGACUUUGCACGGUGGACAUCGCCCUUUUGACCCGCCUACAUGGUGGCGUCGGUUAUUUGAGAUCAACACCGAUGGUAACGAUGAAGCCGGCCGAACAGAUGCAGCCUUGGUCAACGGGGAGCUUCUCGCUGCCGCUGCGCCCGAAGUUCGGUGA